AUGCAGCUCAAGGGCAUCCACAAAGCGCAGAUGAUGGCGGUGAAGGAAUCCAUGUGUAGUCAGGUCUCGUCGGGUCCAUGUCGGCCCGAGGGUCGGACACUCCGAGCGAGGAGCCAUGAGGUUCCGGGGCAAGAGUCCUGGCGACGGGAUGUGGACAACAGCCAGCUCUGGAAGGUCUUUGGUCUUCACACGGCUGCGGGGAGGAACCUGAAAAAGCUGUAUCAGCCGCCCCUGUCCGUGCCGCUCCCUGGGCGAAGUCGGUCCAGACUAGGCGAUAGCGACAAGGAGAACUUUCAGAACACCUGGUCCAGCCCCUUUCUCGCGACACGUGCAGGUGGUUCUUCUGGUUGA